UGGGCGGGCGUCGCUCUGAGGGUUCUCCACCCAGGAUGACUUCAGUGAUGAGAUCAGAGACUGUAGAAAUGCUAGAAGAGGAACCAGUGAUGUCUAAGACUCAAGAUCAUCAAUUGGAAUCAGAUCCCAACCCUGUUGAAGUGUGUGGUAAAUCGUCUGCCUCCCUGGAGAUGACUCAAGGCGUUUCACAGGAAAGAGUUCACCUUGGCUCUAGCCCUAAAGAGGGGGGAAGUUGUGAUCUCAGCCACCAGGAAGGACUUCAGUCCACGUCCCUUCAUCUGACCCCCCAAGAACAGUCUGCCCCUCGUCAAGACAGGAGGCAAUCCUGGCGGCGAGCAAGUAUGAAAGAAAUGAACCGGCGGAAGUCACUGCUUCCCUUUCAUCAGGGCAUCACAGAGCUCAGCAGAUCCAUCAGCGUCAAUUUAGCAGAAAGCAAACGUCUUGGUGCUCUCCUGCUUUCCAGUUUCGAGUUCUCUGUUCAGAAACUUGAACCUUUCCUAAGAGGCACUGAGGGCUUCAGUCUUGAAAGUUUUAGAGCCACAGCUUCUUCUCUUUCUGAAGAAUUGAAACAUUUUGCAGACCAACUGGAAAGUGAUGGAACUCUACAAAAAUGUUUUGAAGAUUCAAGAGAAAAAGCAUCAGAUUUAUCUCUGGAAACAUCAGUGGCAGAGAUGAAGGAAUAUAUAACAAAAUUUUCUUUAGAACGUCAGACUUGGGAUCAGCUCUUGCUGCGCUACCAGGAGGAGGCUGAAGAGAUCAUAUCCAGAGGACCAGCUGAAGCCAAAAUUACUGAAGUUGGAGUGGGACCUACUACAUGUCUUGGGUCUUCCCAGAGUGAGAUCCUUAAUACAAAGCCUGACUACCAGAAAAUAGUGCAGAACCAGAACAGAGUCUUCGAUUGGAUGGGCUUGGUGAUGGAUGAGCUGCAGGGAUCAGUGAAGCAGCUGCGUGCCUUUAUGGAUGAAAGUUCCCAGUGCCUCCAGAAGGUGUCAGUACAGCUUGGGAAGAGAAGCACGCAACAAUUAGAUCCCUCACCAGCUCGAAAGCUGCUCAGGCUUCACCCACGAAACCCACCUACGCAUUGCUCUAGAUCUUGUCAGUGACCUUAUGAAGGCUUUCUGCCACAAGGUGCUCUAGAGGAGGACGAUGGGAAGAAUGCCCCAGUGCAUGAUGGCUGCAUGGCAGUGUGAGCUGGUGAUAUCUGUCCUGUUCCCUUUGAAGAUAACUGGCGAACUGGAGAGCACUUCCAUUUUUUUCUAAAACUGAUGGAAUUUAUGCACCCGAAAGAAUGUUGUAUAGACAUUUUUCCAAGAAUGUGCAAAAGGUUUGAGACUUCUGCUUUGGAAUGACCUUCAGAACUAGUAGCCCAUUCUUUUAAAUAUCCUUUGUGGUCAGAAAUCUUCAUCUUGUGAAUACGUAUUUCAGGUUUUGAAACAACCUAAAGUCAUUCUGGACCAAAUCCAAUGAGACAUUUUAGGAGUCAAGUUGAGUUCUAGUUGUAAAGGAAUGAGGCCAGUUUUCUUGUGUGGCUCUGAAAGUGAUGUUAGGUCGAGGACUUGUGAUCGUGUGGACACGUAUAUCACUUCACAAGAUGUCCAAAUUGAGAGAAAUACCACUCAUUCUCUACGUCUGGAUGUCUAUCGUGUGCUUUUCAAUGUCCUAAAUCUUGGAUUCAUGGCAAGAAGGAUCUGAGUACCCCUUUUCAUUGUUCUCUAUAUUUUGUAGUAAUCUGCAUUAUAAAAUUGCACAUAAUUAAAAGCU